AUGGAUGUAGCAAAUGAAGAGAAAGCUAAGUUCUUAAUGAUUACUUUGAUUCUUGGUUUGUCAGAAUCCGCUGUUGUUAAACCAGGUUCUCUGUCCAUGGAGAUUAUUGAACAGGUUUCAACAGAGGUCGAGAGGCUCUCUAAAUUAACAGCUAACAGGAUGAAAGAACUUGUGAUGAAGAAGAGGCUGGAGUUGGAUGAUAUAUGUGUGGCGGAUCCUUGUGAACUCUUAGCCAACAUUGAUAUUCAAAUGAACAAAUCAAAAGAUGAAGUUUGGAGCCGAAAAGAGAUAGUGGAUAAGAUAGACCGUUGGCUUGCUGCAUGUGAUGAAGAAAAUUGGCUAGAGUAUUAUACUUAA